AUUUGGCCAAAUUUGAACUGUCAAAAACAACGUGAUUCCGUCUGAUUUUCGAGUAAGUUUUAAUCGUGUUUGUAACUAAAAGCUUAAAGUGUUGAGGGAUCUUAUUAUUUCUAGAAGUAAAAUAAAACAUAUAAAAUGAAAUUAAAUCAGGAAGACACACCACCUUCGUCAAUAAACGGCGAUGAAAUCUCUGGGAUGGAUGAAGAAGGAGAAGGAUUAAUCUACUUGGAUGAAAUGGAAGAGGUCCAAUUGGAGGAUUUAAUGGACGCUGAUUUAAUGGAGGAUUAUUCAGAGAGGGAGCCUCCCGAAGAUCAUGCGACUUUGGUAUUUAAUAAACAUGUCGGCUCUGUAUUUUGCUGCAAUUUUCAUCCAGAUGGUAAAUUGGCAGUCACUGGGGGUGAAGAUGACAAGGCUUAUGUGUGGUCAGUUGAGACUGGCCAAGUGUUGAUGCAGUGCAAUUUUCACAAAGAUUCAGUUAUCUUCGCUGAAUUCAGCUCAGAUGGUGCAUACUUGGCUACUGGAGACAUGUCUGGAAUGAUUAAGGUUUGGAAGUGUAAUACAGAAGAAAACCAGGAGCAACCCUGGCCGGUUGUAUUUGAAUAUGAAGUGGAUGACCUGACACUAGGCCUGUGGCACUUUGGCGCCAAAGUACUCAUUGUGGGCACUGUUACUGGUGACAUAUUUAUAUUCAAAAUUCCUUCAGGUGAAACAAAAGUUUUGCAGGGUUCCAAUAUCAGAGUAGAAUGUGCCAAGAUGUUCCCAGAUGGAGUUCGUUUGGCAGCAGGCUAUGAAGAUGGCGCCAUUAAAAUAUGGGACCUGAAAACAUCUCAAGCAGUUCACACAAUUCCAGCAAAUAUUCACCAAAUGAGGGUCACUGACUUAGACACUCACCAUGAGAAUAAUCUAGUAGCAUCCAUUUCUACAGAUGGAAAAGUGGUUUUAACUACAUCAGUAAAUGGAAAAGUUGUGGGACAAAUAGAAACUGAAAAUGAUAUGGAAGUUGUUACUUUUGCUAAGGACCCACAAUUAGAUUACUUUGCUCUAGGUACCUUAAAUGGCUCAGUCAGCAUAUGGGACUUGACAAGGCAAAUGGUUCGGCACCAAUGUUCCAAGUCCAGUGAUGAGAAUGUGGCUGGAGUCACUAAGAUGCUGUGGAUAAAAAAUCAUUUGGUUACUGCAGGACUAGACGGCGCAAUCAUAGUCUAUGAAGGCAGAUCAGGAGAGAAAUGUCUAGAACUAACUGGACACCAAUCUGAACUACUAGACAUGUGUUAUAAUGCCAAACAAAAUAUACUUUUGACAAGUUCAGAAGAUGGCACAGCCAGAAUAUUUAAGUAUGAAUUGAAUAAAGAAAACGAUUAAUCAUAUGACCAUCAUGACUUGUUAUCACUCUUUAGACACUCCUAUUAUAUUAUUGUUAAUUAUCAUUGA